CGGCAGAUGUGUUCACUUCGCCAGUUUAGCUACAAAAUAAAUAUUAUCUUGGACCGAAACAUCAACAUCUCACCCGAAGUUGCAUCAAAUAUUUAGUUAAGUUUUCGCCACAGGUUUUCCAGGUCUUGAUGGAACAGAGCAGUUUUGUCCCGCAGUGAGAGGGAAGAAGCCGUCCUUUUCUGUUUGUGGCUGAAGUUUGGAAUUUGUCCAGCUCAGAGGGAGGCAGGGACUGUGGCCUAGAGCGGCUGCAAGAGGAGGGGAAGGAGGGAGGAGAAUGGAACGAGCCCACAGUUUGCUCCUGAACGAGGAGGCAUGCAGCCAGUUGGGAGAACACCAGAGGGCUGAAUUUGUCUUUGAGUGGCUGCGCUUCCUGAAGAAGCUGCUCCCUGCUGCAGACAGGGCGGAUGUGAAGAAGAACCAGAAGUGUCUGGUCGAACAGUUGACUGUGAUUCUGAUUGGUUCUCCGGGCCCCCCAACCCGAUGGCUCCUAGCCCACUGCCUGGCCCUGCUCUACAGGGUGGGAGACUCACUCACCUCCAGCCUCACGGUGGACAGGUGCAAUGACAUCAUCCGCAGCAAGGACGACUCGCCCAGCUACCUGCCAACCCGACUGGCAGCCAUUGCCUGUCUGGGUGCCCUUUAUGAACAGCUUGGCCGUUUGCUUGUCAACACAUUUAAAGAGACUUUGGCAAAUUUGUUGAAGGCCAUGAAGUCUGCAGAGUCCCAGGGCCGCUAUGAGAUCAUGCUGAGCGUGGAGAAGAUCCUGAGGGGCCUGGGGGUCAGCGCCGUGCCCUGUCACAGAGACAUCUACAAGGCUACACGCGCCUGUCUCACCGACCGCUCCAUGGCCGUGCGCUGUGCUGCCGCCAAGUGUCUUCUGGAGCUGCAGAGAGAGGCUGUGUUUCUGUGGACUUCAGAGUUGGAGAACGUAGCCACGCUCUGCUUCAGGGCAUUUGAGGGCUCCAACUACGAUGUGCGUGUGGCCAUCUCCAAACUGCUGGGUACCCUGCUGGCCACAGCCGUAGAGCCCAAACAACCCACUGCUCACAGACAGGGCUCCAGACGCAGCUCCUUGGAGGAGGUGAUGGAUCUGCUGACUGGGGGGUUCCUGCGUGGUGGGGCUGGCUUCCUCAGGGCCAGUGGAGACAAGCUCAAAGGGACCAGCUCUGUUAGCAAAGACAUCCGCAUCGGCAUCACUCAGUCGUGUGUGGUGUUUGUGUCGUGUCUGGGCGGCGUGUGGCUGGAGGCCAACUUCUCCGCCCUGCUGGUCCUGCUCAUGGAGCUGGUGUCCCACACACGGGCCACCCAGACUCCUGCAGAUGCCGUGUGCUGCAGACGCUGCAUCUCCUUCAUCCUCAGGGCCACACUGGGCUCUCUGCUGGGGGAGAAGGCCCAGAUCGCUGCUGCCAAGGAGAUCUGCCUGGCCAUAGGCAAACAGAAGAGGGCUGUGGAUGCGGCCAUGUGUGAUGGGAACGUGGAGACGCGGGUCACCACCACAGACGUAGCUGCCAGUCAGCAUGUGUUGGUGUGUGCUCUGCUGGAGCUGGGUAGCCUGGUACAGGGCCUGGCCUCUACUGCUGCAUCGCUACUCACUGACACCAGCACAGCCCUGCUGGACACGGUGAUCUCAGUUCUGCUCCACCCCAGUGUGUCAGCACGGUUAGCGGCUGCUUGGUGUCUACGCUGUGUGGCCGUGGCCCUGCCUUCCCAGGGGGCCGUGUUACUGGACCGCUGUGCAGAGAGACUCAACGCCCUCAAGUCCUGCCCCGAGGCCGUGGCCGGGUACAGUUCCGCUAUCGCCGCACUGCUGGGGGCAGUGCAGCACUGCCCACUGGGCAUCCCCCACACUAAAGGCAAUGUGGUGAUGGGUCUGGCCGAGGACCUGCUCCGUUCAGCCACUCAGAACAGCCGCAUCUCCAUCCAACGCACACAGGCUGGCUGGCUGCUGCUCUCCUCCCUCAAUACCCUAGGUCCAGCGGUGGUUGAGCACCACCUCCCCAGGAUGCUGGUGCUGUGGAGGUGUGCCUUCCCUCCCUCCAUCAGAGACCUGGACAUGGAGCUCCGCCGUGGGGACCACUUCACCUGGCAGGUCACCCUGGAGGGCCGUGCCGGGGCGCUGUGUGCCAUGAAGAGCCUGGUGAUUCACUGCAGAGAUCUCCUGACUGAUGAUGUCAUAGGUCGUCUCCUGACCCCCCUGGCCUGUGCUGUGUCUCUGCUCACCAAGGUGCCUACUCUGAUCAAAUCCUAUGGCAACCUGAUUAAAAACACCUCAGUAGUCUUCAGACUGAGGGUCUAUGAGAUCCUGGCUCUGUUGCCCCCAAAGACAUACGAAGAGAGUUUUGGCAUUGUGCUGAAGCAGCUGGUGACAGACCUGACUGGGCCAGAGAACGUGGUGUGUUCAGAGCUGACGUUACUACCACCCCUCUGUCACAGUGAUGACCUGGCACUACUGGGCCCCGCUCUGCAGGACAUGGACCAGCACUACAUAGAAGAGCAGUUACAGGGGAGCAGUGUUGGAGGGACCCUGGAGUACGACCCCUUCACCAUCUGUGUGAAAUGCCAGGAUGUUCCCGCCCCCCUACCCCCUCCUGCUGCCCUCACCACCGCUGCCAUACAGCUCUUUGGAGUCAUCUUUCCCCACAUCAUCGUCCCACUGAGGACACAGAUUCUGGAACAGUUCACAGAGUCUCUGAAGCAGUUGAAGGGUGUUCGUCAGCAGACUGUCCAGACUCAUGUGACUGCCGCCCUCUGCAGUGUCCUAAAGCACCUAGGCUCCAGUCGGGUAGGUUUGGGUCCAGAAGAGGUUCGGAAGCCAGCUCUGGGUCUGUUGGUGGGGGCUCUGGAGAGCUCUAACCCCCUGCUGCGCUGCAUGGCUGCUGAGGGCCUGUCUCGCCUGGUACAGGUGGUCAACGACCCUGCAUUCACCGUCUCCAUGACCCUGGUCAGCUUCGACAAGUUGAAGACAGCCCGGGAUGCUGUGACUCGUACGGGUCAUGCCCUGGCGCUGGGUUCCCUGUACCGCUAUGUAGGGGGCAUCAGCUCUCCCCAGCACUUGUCUGCCUGUGUGGGCAUCCUCUUCACCCUGUCCCAGGACAGCACCUCCCCCGAGGUCCAGAGGUGGGCGCUGCACUCUCUGUCAAUGGUGAUGGAUCUGGCUGGUCCUUUGUACCAUGGUCAUGUGGAGGCUAGCUUCACCCUGGUGCUGAGGCUGCUGCUGUCUAUCCCCCCUACCCACGUAGAGGUCCACCAGAGCCUGGGCCGCUGCCUCAACGCCCUCCUCACCACCCUGGGACCUGACCUACAAGGCGAGGGCCAGUCUGUGUCGGCCCUGCGGACGUCGUGCUUGGUGGGCUGUGCGGUGAUGCAGGACAGUCCAGACUGUCUAGUCGAGGCCCAGGCCAUCUCCUGUCUGCAGCAGCUGCACAUGUUCGCCCCGCGCCACGUCAACCUGGCGAGCCUGGUGCCCAGCCUCUGUGUGAACCUGUGCAGCUCGUACCUGUCUCUGCGUCGUGCUGUGGUGGCCUGUCUCAGACAGCUGGCCCAGAAGGAAGCCCUGGAGGUGUCUGAGCACGCUGUGGCCCUCGUCAAGGAGCUGCCCCGCAGGGACAACACACAUCUUGAUGUGACCAUUAAGGAGGUGGGCCUGGAGGGGGCUUUGUUCAGCCUGCUGGACCGGGAGUCAGACCCCCGUCUCUGUCAGGACAUCCAGGAGACCCUGGUCCAUAUGAUGAGUUCCAUCGCCACGGGGAAACUGGCCCACUGGCUCAAACUCUGCAAAGACGUUCUGUCUGCCUCUGCAGAAUCCACAGCCCCGGUAGAGACCAACCAGGAGGAGGAGGGAGAGCGGGACGACGACGCGUCAGUCUUCCACGCCAAGUCAGAGUCCAGCGGGCCCUUCACCAACCUGCGCUGGUCCACGCGGGUCUUCGCUGUGGAGUGCGUGUGUCGCAUCAUCGCCCAGUGUGAGAGCCACGGACACCCUGCCCACUUCGACAUGGCCCUGGCCCAGGAGCACCGUCUGCAUGAGUCCACCGACUUCCUGGUCCUUCACCUGGCUGACCUGAUCCGCAUGGCCUUCAUGGCCGCCACUGACCACAGUGACAAGCUGAGGCUCUCUGGCCUACAGACUCUACUGGUCAUCAUCCGCAAGUUCGCUGCCAUCCCAGAGCCGGAGUUCCCUGGCCACGUCAUCCUGGAGCAGUAUCAGGCUAACGUUGGAGCUGCUCUGAGACCAGCCUUUACUGCAGACGCACCUCCUGAUGUGACAGCCAAAGCCUGCCAGGUGUGCAGUGCGUGGAUCGCCAGUGGGGUGGUCAGUGAUCUGAGGGAUCUGAGGAGGGUGCAUCAGCUCCUGGCCUCUUCGCUGGUCAAGGUCCAGGCAGGGAAGGAGGUGCCCAGUCAGCUCUACAAUGAGGGAACAUCCACCAUGGAGACACUGGCUGUGCUCAAGGCCUGGGCUGAGGUGUACAUUGUGGCGGUGCAGAGCAGCAGUAGACCGAGGGAGCGCCCCAUCCCAGGGCCAGGCCCAGGGAGGCAGGGUGAGCAGGCUGGUUCUCCCUUGCUAGAGGAGGACUGUGGGGGGGCUGGAGGGCCAGGGCUGCUGACGCUGGUCCAGACUGACCUGGCUACGCUGAGCCGUCUGUGGCUGGCUGCCCUACAGGACUACGUUCUCCUCACCCUCCCCCAGGACUACUCGGCACAGCUACCCGCUACAGGAGGGACGUUCUACACAGCAGAGACAGCGGAGCAGGCCAGACCCCACUACUGCAGCUCCUGGGCUCCCAUCCUCCAUGCCACGGCCUUGUGGCUCAACAGCACUGGUUUCAUCAUGGUGGACGACGGCCCUGCCAACCUGUCCCGGCCCGUCACCCCCACCUCCAUGGGCCAGUCCACCUCCCUGGCCUAUGUCAAGUCCCCUGAGGACAUCAGCUCUGACCGACUCCACCUCAUCCUGGGCAUCAGUGUGGAGUUCCUGUGCUCUCCUCACUCCCAUGACCAGAUGGAGAACAUCUCCUCCUGCCUCCAGGCCCUGCAGGCUCUGCUAGAGGUCUCCUGGCCCCGGUCAAAAGUCGGCAAUGACCAGGUGUUGAGUGUGGAACUGCUGAGCGUGCUUCACAGGCUGAUAGUGACGCGGGAGGCCCCAGGGGUGCAGCUGGCCGUGCUGGAACUGGUUAGACAGGUGGUGUGUGCUGCCCAGGAGCACGUCAAGGAGAAACGCCACAGUGCUGAGGUGGAUGACGGGGCAGCGGAGAAGGAGACGGUUCCUGAGUUUGGGGAGGGCCGGGACACCGGCGGCCUGGUUCCAGGCAGGUCUCUAGUGUUCGGGGCCCUGGAGCUGUGCCUGUGUGUGCUGGUGCGUAGACUGCCCCAGCUCAGCCCCAAGCUGGCCGGCAGCCCCAGCGGGGGCCAGGGAGGUUUGGCCUGGAGUCUGAGUGAGAGUGACUGCAGACAAGUGGCGGCUGCUCUGGCCAUCCUGUCUGACCUGCCAUCCAUCUGCUCUCCUGACGGUAGUGUCUCCAUUCUGCCUACACUAAUGUACCUGUUGAUGGGGGUGCUGAGGGAGUUGGUCCAGCAGCCUUGUGGUGGUGGAGCUGGGGGUAGCAGUGGGGGUGGUGAGGCUCUGGGCCUGGUGGUGCCUGCAGCCCUGCAGGCCCUGAGAGCUGUGCUCUCCUCCCCUAUGAGUCGCUCAGAGAAGAGCCGCGGGGCCUGGGCCCACCUGCUGCGCUGUGCUCUCAACACCCUGCUGGACUUCUGGGAUUCCGAUAAUCCCAACCCUGCGGUGGAUGAGGUCAGUCUGUUGACAGCUCUCACCAUCUUCCUGCUGACUGCCAGUCCUGAGGUCACCACAGCCCAGCCAUUGCAGACACGCUGCAUAGACAAGUUUAAAGCCAGCCUGGAGUCUAAGGACCCUGUGGUGCUCAGCAGGAGUUACCAGCUGCUGAUGUCAGUGUUCCAGAGCAAGACAGGGGUGGCGGUGCCCUUCAUCCAGGGCCUGGGGAGCUGUGUGGUGGGACACCUGCAGGGGGUGGAGAGGAGGAGGCCCCAGAACUCCAAAGAGCUCCAGGCCAUCCAGGAUGGAGUCAGGGCCCUAGAGGCUCUGGUGUUCGCUGCCGACGAGAUGCACCGUCCCCAGCUGGUGGCCAUUCUCCUUCCCAUCCUCAUCUCCUUUCUACUGGAUGAGAAUGCCCUGUCCUCUACCCCCGCGCCCGCCCGCACCCUGCAUGAGUCAGCCCUGCAGGACCUGAUGCGCAUCGGCCCCCAGCACUCGUCCGUCUUCAAGGCCCUCAUGGCCUCUUCACCCCACAUGAAAGCCAGGCUGGAGGCUGCUGUAAAGGGCAACCAGGAGAGUGUCAACGCCAAGGCCACACAACUUCAAGUACCCAGCAAGACCUCGCCCAGCAUUCAACUCAAGACCAAUUUUCUGUGAGCCUUUAUGUCCUGAAAUUAAUGCUUAGUUAUCGUGAGCGGACAAGAAACAGCCACACGUUAUAUUAUAGUGUCGUUAUCAUAGUAGCAUACUUACCGCAUUAGGAUUGUAAUAAUCACUAAAGCCAGGCACAGAUCAAGGACAGGACAGUGCAGUAUUUCAUCAUUUUAGUUUGGCAGGCAGUCAAAAUUAAGUUUUGGAUGUUAAGUUUAAUUUCAUGGUACAAUAGGUGUUCAUUUUAACUGUUUAACCUCUAUGAGGGAAUGACAACAGAGUAAAGACAAUUAUCAUUGGACGCAGAUUCCUAGCCAGGGAACUCAAAUGCUGCUGGUAUGUCUACAGACAGCAAAGGUCUGGGGUUGGAGUCGUAGCCCAUCUGGGGUGUAUUCAUUAGUGCAAAGUAUAGCAAAACAUUUUGCAACAGAAAACAAAAACAAGUGUUUCUUAAGGAGAAAUUCCGGUAGGUCCCUCCACGUUUCGGCCCAUUUUCUUCUGUGUGAAUACACCCCUGUUCAAUCAGUGAGGGGAAACAUUAGUUCACUUCUAACCAUAUAAUUUGUAUUCACGUCUAAACUUUGCGUGGCAUCUACAUGCUUGGAUGUCUACAUUAUUAGUUUUGUGUUAGAUUACAUAUCAUUUGAAUGGCUGUCAUCAUAUUAAGUAGUGAGGCAGUAUGUAUGUAUACACACACACACGGACACAUACACACUACCGGUCAAUAGUUUUGGAACACCUACUCAUUCAAGGGUUUUUCUUUAUUUUUACU